AGUCACGUGAUGACGUCUCACUUCGUUCGAGCUUCUCAAAGAUUUCCCAGUGAGCGACUGGCGGACAGUAAAGAUGGCGACGGAGCUCACGGUGUGUACGAGUUCCCGGAGAAGAUGACGACAACAAGAUUAGUAACUUUCGAGCCGCGGCGUUGACAGUGCUCACUUUAAAGUCCUUGCGACAGAGGCUCGCGAACUUGCUGACUUUGACGGUAGUUAAACAAACCUAACGGACACAACCGGCGCGUGGACAUAUCGUUGCUUUUGCCAUGGAGGAUAUAAACUCAAACAUAAACGCGGACUUGGAGGUACAUAAGCUUCAAGUUUUAGUGAAGAAACUCGAGCAGCAGAACGAGCAGCUCCGGAGCCGUCCCAGUCAGUUCUCUCCCUUCUCUUCCGGUAGAUUGUCGGGGAACACUAGACCCGUGAGCGCCGAGUAUGAUUCUCCGGGAGCGACGGCGGGGCUCGUCGGGUUCACCGGGGUGGGGUCCGGCGGAUCGAGGGGUCUCGGCGGGGUUUUGGAAAUCCCCCGGCUGAGACCGUCGUAUCCCGGCAGUAGUUAUGGAGGGGGUUAUGACAGUGACAGCACUUCUUGUGUCGCUUCGAACACGAGUUUCGCGUCUUAUUACGAUUCGACAGAUUUUGUCGAAGACGGAGAAACUUCGGUGCUGGACGAGGUGGAGAUUCUCGAUUUGGAGGACAUAGAUGGCCUGAACGAAGAAGAAGACAGCUGGUUGUAUGAGGCGAAAUUGAACAGUCCUCUACAGAAAGCCUUGAGUCCCAUUGUGUGGUGCAGACAGGUUCUGGAUAACCCCAGUCCUGAUAUGGAGUCUGCCAAACGCUCUCUCUUACACAGACUCGACCUCACCAUGUCAGGUAACACACACACUUCAUUUUCGUUUCAUUUGAUAUCUUCCACUGUUGUAUUAGAAGUCUUUAUUCUUAACUAGAACUUCUGAUUUCAG